GUAAGGUGAACUGCCGGAAAUUCCUUUUGUUGAUCAUCGGAUGUUUGUUUUCCGGCCUCUUUCUUGAGCUAGUUGUUUUCUAUUCUCAAUACAUUUAUUGAAUCUCGGUGCGUUAACAACAGAGGCAUUACUCGUGUUGGACAGAAGGGUUGUAUAUAAAACCAAAUCACUGUCUUAACUGUAGUCAGGCCCGAGGCUGGGCUAACGUUAGCCUAGCAUUCAGUGAAGCCCUGCUGGCUAGCGUUAGCUUGUAUUAGUUGUCAUCCCAGCUGGCCUUAAGGACAGCUGUUCAUUCAAUUAACGCAUUGUUAAGAACGCUUAAAACAAACGAUCAGAAACCAUGGCAGUUGUCAACGAAGGUGCCCUGAAGAAAAUGCUGAAGCAAUACAAAUACAGAGAUCUGACUGUUCGUGAGAUAACGAAUGUCAUCUCCCAGUACAAGGACUUGAAGCCAGUUAUGGAUGCUUACGUGUUUAAUGAUGGCUCCACAAGAGACCUGAUGAGCUUGACAGGAACAGUCCCAGUGAGCUACAGAGGCAAUAUCUACAACAUCCCAGUGUGUCUGUGGCUGCUCGACACAUAUCCCUACAACCCUCCAAUAUGUUUUGUCAAACCUACCAGUGCCAUGAUGAUCAAAACUGGCAAGCACAUCGAUGCUAAUGGCAAGAUCUACCUGCCUUAUUUACAUGAGUGGAAGCAUCCUCAGUCAGACCUGUAUGGUCUGAUUCAGGUGAUGAUUGUGGUGUUUGGAGAGGAGCCUCCUGUGUUUUCACGUCCCACUGCACAAGCUCCCUACCAAUCCUUCCAAGCAGCUGGACCCCCAAACCCUUCCUACAUGCCUGGCAUGCCUGCAGUGUCACCCUAUGGCCCAACUCCUAACCCAGGAGGCUAUCCAGGAUACCAAUACCCAGGAGGCAACUCUUAUCCAGCCACUGCAGGCCCUACACACUACCCAACCCAGACUCCAGUCUCCACAGUUGGUCAGAGCCGAGAUGGCACCAUUGGCGAGGACACCAUCCGUGCAUCUCUGAUUUCUGCAGUAAGUGACAAACUUCGCUGGAGGAUGAAGGAGGAGAUGGACAGAGCUCAGGCUGAGCUGGAUGCCCUGAAGCGAACAGAGGAAGACCUGAAGAAAGGACAUCAGAAACUGGAGGAGAUGGUCUCAAGACUGGACCAGGAAGUGACUGAGGUCGACAGGAACAUUGAGCUGCUGAAGAGAAAGGACGAGGAGCUGAGUGAGGCCUUGGAGAAGAUGGAGAACCAGUCAGAGAACAAUGACAUUGAUGACGUCAUUGUGCCCACCGCUCCGCUGUACAAACAGAUCCUGAACCUGUAUGCUGAGGAGAAUGCAAUUGAAGACACUAUCUUCUACCUGGGAGAGGCCCUGCGUAGGGGCGUCAUAGACCUGGAAGUUUUCCUCAAGCAUGUACGCCUUCUGUCCAGGAAGCAGUUCCAGCUUCGUGCUCUCAUGCAAAAAGCCCGCAAGACUGCUGGCCUUAGUGACCUCUACUGACCCACACUGACCACCUGGAAGCAUCUGUAUUUCCUUCCUCUCUUCCUCCCCCCUCUUCUUCCUUUUUCUUUUAUUCCCUUUUUAAUGUCUUCUUGUAUUUUCAAACCGCUGCUCCUUGUAUGAAGUCUCUAUAAAAUCUGGAGAGCAACAUUUACAAAGAAUUGGGCUGUCUUGUUUGGCACAGUGAAAUUUCAAACUGUGUCGCUAGUUGUAGUGUGACACCAUUCAUAUUUUAAUCUGACCAAAUACUUUUUUGAAAUCAUUAUGCAUCAACAGUCAUGACCCAGGCACCCUCACUUUUGUGCCCCAAUAUAAUGUAAAGGUAAACCAGUCACUAUGCCAUGAACCAGGUACUAUGGUUGACACGAAAACCUGUGUAAGACACAUACCAUAUUGGUAAAAGUGAGGUGCGAGCAUAUUCUUUGUAUAGUGUAUGUGACAUUUGCCCUAAGUGUGGUGUAACGGGGUUGGCGUGCAGUGAGUUAGCGUGUCAACCUGUGUAUGCUGCACUGCCCACAGGUUCGGUUAACAAUACCUUUGCCAGACAAAGUCACUUGUCUAGUAAGCACAAAUUGUUAGGGGCUAGUAGAGAGGGGCUUUGUAUGGAGCCCCAUAUAUCCACACCCCUCAUAAUGAAAAGGUUAGGCUCUGAUAUAAAUACCCAGGGCAACCUUUCAGGAAGGACGGGUUCAGCCUCAGGAUUUAAUGCUGUAUGAGGUCUGGGUCGUGUUCAGUAGCCAUGGGGUCAAAUGGAUCGCUUUUCAUACAAUAGAAGUGAUGAUCAGCACGGACCUGAACUGUGUAUCUUCACUGUCUUGUUUGGGUCUGUUCAUGAGCUGAAUUUUGAGUUCCCAUCUACUUGCCCUCACUAUUGUAUGUUUUUCCCUGAUCUGUGUGUGUCUCCUUACGAUGGUGUGAGUGAGGUUCUUUCACUGUGUGUCAGCUGCUCAGGUCUACCCUCCAGUCUGACUGCAUUAACUAGUCAAUCAUGUACAGUGGUUGUUUUACUCUGUACAGGGUCUCAAAUUAAGGUGGGUGGCAGUCUUGGCAUACGUAAUUCUAUAAGGUAUUACAAAAGAAAAUCUGUAUCUUUGUUUAUGUUUAUGUUUACUUUGUGCUGUCCACUCAUUCUCAGUCCUGCUGGGAAGUUUAGGUUUUCAGUAAAAAGUUGUGAAUAAAGCCAGAGUGUUGGAGGGUACAAAAAAUAAAGAACUAUUGUACUAAUCAAGAAGUUAACUUAUGUAAAGUUUGCAAAAUAGGUCUCAUUUAAAUUAGCCUUUUACUAAAUGCACUUUGAAUUGUAUGAUAGAAUAUCUGCUGUUAUUUUUUUCUUGUUUCCAAUUCAACCACCUGUUCUUUUAUAUCUGUAGAUUUAUGUAAAUCAGAACAAAUAAAAGAAAUCUGAUUUAA